CUUUGUACAAAUACGGAGACAGGUCACACGCAAAUUCCCACUCGAACUCAUAUGAGUGGAAGGAAGAUCGGUAGGUGGUAUCGGCGCUAUUGAAUUGAUAUCUUUUAGCAAACAACAAAGAACAAACAGCUGGGCCGGACUGAGCGGUUAGCAUACAUAUUGGAAAACAACAACAAUAAAAAAAUAUAUUAAACAUUUGUUUUGAUAACAAAAAAAAAAAAAUUAAUAAUCAACGCAAAAAAUAGGAGAUGUCAAAAGUAAAAUAUUUCUACGAUUUAAUGUCGCAGCCAUCUCGAGCCCUAUGGAUUGCAUUGCAAAUGAGUAAAACUUCAUAUGAAGAUUGUCCGGUGGCGUUAAGGAAGUUGGAGAAUCGUUCGGAGAAAUUCAAGAAAAUAAAUCGCUUUCAAAAGGUACCCUGCAUUGUGGAUGGUGAUUUUCAUUUGGGUGAAUCCGUAGCCAUUUUAAGAUACCUUUCCGACAAGGGACAUAUUGACGGGCAAUUAUAUCCCAAAGAUUUGCAAAGCCGAGCUCAAGUUGAUGAAUUUCUCGAAUGGCAACAUUUAAACCUGCGUCUACCAUGUUCAACAUAUUUCCUAAAAGUUGGCCUAUACCCCAUGAUGGGUUUGGCCGAAGUGCCCACAGUUGAAAAGCUUACCGAACUUCAAAACGAAAUGGAAAAUAAUCUCAAGUUGGUGGAAAAUGUUUGGUUAAAACACAAGGAUUUUCUAACGGGCAAUAAGUUGACGGCAGCCGAUCUGUUUGGAGCUUGUGAAAUUGAACAAACAAAAAUCUGUAAAUACAAUGUUUCCGAUAAAUUUCCAAAAAUCUCUGAUUGGUUGUCCAAGGUGCGUCAGGAAUCCAAUCCAUUUUAUGAUAGUGGCCAUAAAUUUGUGAACAAACUUGCAAAGUAAAUGUGAAAUCCACAAAGAAAGACUUGUUUUUCGGAGGGUCUUCGGUCCCAGCAAUAAAAAAUAAAUAUAUAUACACUUGACUGCAAUAAGUAAUAAUGUGUUACGUUCCCGAAAAAGCAAACAUCUUCUAAUUUUGCCAUUUUUA